GCAGCGGCUACCUACUGGCCUCCUAGCCGGCUGCGGCGUCCGCCACCAUGUCCCUGGCGGCCUCAGCGGGCCGGGGCCCGGGGACUAUGUGGUCCCCUACGCACGUACAGGUGACGGUGCUACAGGCACGAGGCCUGCGGGCCAAGGGUCCCGGGGGCACGAGCGACGCGUACGCGGUGAUCCAGGUGGGCAAGGAGAAGUACGCCACGUCGGUGUCCGAGCGCAGCCUGGGCGCGCCCGUGUGGCGCGAGGAAGCCACCUUCGAGCUGCCGCCGCUCCUGUCCUCCGGGACCGCGCCCGCCGCCGCCGCCGCCACCCUGCAACUCACCGUCCUGCACCGCGCGCUGCUCGGUCUCGAUAAGUUCCUGGGUCGCGCCGAAGUGGACCUGCGGGAGCUGCACCGGGACCAGAGCCGCAGGAAGAAGCAAUGGUACACCUUGAAGUCCAAACCCGGAAAGAAGGAUAAAGAGCGAGGAGAAAUCGAGGUGGACAUCCAGUUUAUGAGAAACAACAUGACGGCCAGCAUGUUUGACCUCUCCAUGAAGGAUAAGUCUCGCAAUCCGUUUGGGAAACUGAAGGACAAGAUCAAAGGGAAGAAUAAGGACAACACCUCGGACACCGCCUCGGCCAUCGUCCCCAGCACGACACCCUCGGUCGACAGCGAUGACGAGUCCUUCUCAAAAGACAAGAAGAAGAAGUCAAAGAUCAAGACUUUGUUUUCCAAGCCGAGUUUGCAGAAGACCCCGCUCUCCCAGUCCAUGUCUGUCCUGCCCACUUCCAAGCCAGACAAAGUCCUGCUGCGGCCAGGAGACUUCCAGUCCCGGUGGGGUGACGAGGGCGACAAUGAGGACGAGUCCUCCUCUGCCUCGGAGGUCAUGUCCCAAAAGCGAACAUCCAGUACAGACCAUACACAACCGAACCAGUCCAACUUCAGCCUUCCCAAGAAAGAAGGGCUCUCUUUCCUCGGUGGCCUCCGGUCCAAGAAUGACUCCCUUUCCCGGUCUAACGUCUGUAUCAACGGGAACCACGUUUACAUGGAGCAGCCAGAGGCCAAGAGUGAGAUCAGGGAGAGCAGCCCUUCUAACUCCCCCUCCCCGCAGGGCUUCAGGAAAAGGCAUUUGUUCUCGUCCACUGAAAACCUGGCUGCCCGGUCUCCUAAGGAGCCAGGGGAAGGAGGUGGCAUGUCCUCUGACAGGCGACUGUCCGACUCCUCCACCAAGGACUCCAUGAAAUCCAUGUCUUUGCCAUCCUACCGACCCCUGACCACUGCGGACAGUAGAGAGGGCUUAUCUCCAGCAAACAUGGAGGUGGCUACCAAAGAGACAAAAGACAGCAAGAAGCAGGAGAGCAAGAAGUCCUCUUUGCUUUCUCUGGUAACAGGAAAGAAAGAUGUGGCUAAAGGCAGUGAAGGCGAACCUCUUCCCCCUGUCUCAGAGAAAGAGAAGGGAAGGAAGGGUGUGCUCGUGGAAGCCCAGCUUCGGGAGGAAGAUCUGGUGAGAAGACCUGAGAAAGAUGCUGUACCUGUUGCCUCCCAAUGGGGCAGCUCCCAGAACCCCUUUGAGGACGCACAGAUCUCAGACCUGGAAGCCAGUGUGGAGUCUAAGUGUGAACCGAAACCACCAGUUCCUGUUCCAAGGACUCCCCAGACCAGAGCUGUGAAGCCUAGACUGGAAGUUUCUCCAGAGGCUCAGCCCAAAGCUAGGCUUCCUUCCUCUGACUCUGCUCCCUUUGCCGCUUUUCUCUCUAGCUCUGCUCAGGCUCCUGUCCUUUCUGACUUGAGAUGUGACUCAGAGACACAGUUCUCUGAAAGUCCUUCUGCCUCCUCUUUCUCGUCUCCCCUAGCAGCUCCUAUCUCUACAUCUACUCCAGUCGAACACUGGCCCACAGACAAGGGUGAGGCCGAUGCUGAAGAACCUUCUUUGCUCCUCAGAGCAAUCUCUAGUGUAACACCAGCGGCAAACGCUGGUUCUUCUGCCUCGAGAUCACCUUGUGAACAGCUUCCCACACCUGAGCGGAAGGGGCCGCAAGAGUCUUCAGGGGGCAAGGCCAGAGAGUCAGGCACAGGGAAGGAAGUCGGCAGUGAUGAAUCAGAAAAGAGCCUCAUUGGGCAGCAUGAAGAACUCUUGAAGAUUCCUUUCCCAGAGCGGCAUUGGGCUCUGGGUGGAAUGACUACUGCAACGUCCCCUGUUCAAGAGGAAGAGGCGGCCUCCUCAUUUCACAGUGUAAGGCCGAAGCAUCAGGAGAUGCAUCAGAAUGCCAGCGGAGGGCAAAGGAAGGCCAAGAAGCGCGUGUCUUUUUCUGAACAGCUCUUUGUGGAAGAAGAAACAGAAGGACCCACUUGGCUUGAGGAAGGGGACAAAGGUCAUCCCCAGCAGCUAUCACAGGAAGGGCCUGUUGCUUCGAGCAUGCCCAGUGCAGGUUCUCCAGAGUCUCCCCACACAGAAGGCACAGGACAGGAACCUGUGACCAUCUCUUCUGAAAGUGAGAGUUUCUUGGAAGGCCCCCAAAGUGAAGCCAGCCCAGCAAGAGGUACCCAGCUUUUGAGGGAUGAGAAGGAUGACCUCAUGGCUCCCUGUCAGAGCAAAGCCAGCGAUCAUGAGGGUUUGCUCUCUAACCCCUUGAGUGACCUCCCGUCUGCCUCAGAUUUGAAAUCUCCUAUCAUGGCCGAUCUGAGCUUGUCUCUUCCAUCCAUUCCCGAAGUGGCCUCGGAUGAUGAAAGAUUCGAUGAGACUGGAGAUGGAGGAAAGGGAGCAAGGCUGGCUGAUCUAGAAGCGGGAGUUUCACCCUUGAAUGUGUCACCUUCCAUUCUGGAGACGGCAGGGCAGACUGGUGGCAGGGCACAUGAGUCAGUGCCCGUGGAGAAUCAGUGUGACCUCAGGCCCCAAACUCCCAAAGCGGCUCCUUCUGAGCAGACAGCAGCAUUGGGAAGUCCCAAGCCACAUCUUGGCAAGAGCUCAAGUGUGAAUGAAGAGUACCCAGGCCCUGAUACUGUGGACGAAGAGAAGCUGAAGGGAAGUGGGAGGCCAGGUUCGCCUCUGGACUCUCCCGUGCGCAGCCCCUCACUCGCUGAGACCUUUCCCGCCACACACUCUUUCCCCGGCUCUCCACCUUCCGAUACUCACCACACCACUGUAGCAGAAUCUCAAAAGCAAGCGACAGCAGAUGUCUCCUCUAAUAGAGUUGAGAACUUUGGCAAGAAGAAGCCACUUCUACAAGCCUGGGUCACACCCUCAGAGAUCCAUCCAGUCCCCGCUCAGCCAAGUGCGGGAGCUGGGGCAGCCAAGCACAGGCCUCACCCCGUGAAGCCGAUGAACACAACAGCCCCCAAGAUAACAAACUCUAGCUUGGGAACCGCCACCAUCAUCAGUGAGAACCUGAUCAAUGAGGCCCUCAUGAAGAAAUACCAGCCCUCGGAUCCAGCCUUUGCCUAUGCCCAGCUGACCCACGAUGAGCUGAUCCAGUUGGUCCUCAAACAGAAGGAAACCAUCAGCAAGAAGGAGUUCCAGGUGCGGGAGCUGGAAGAUUACAUCGACAACCUGCUGGUCAGAGUCAUGGAGGAGACCCCCAACAUCCUCCGAGUGCCAGCGCAGACAGGCAAAAAGGCUGGAAAGAUGUGAACUGCGGAAGGAAACACGUCCUGUGAGCUUGUUUCUACUGCCUCUGAGCUCAAGGGUGUGGUCUGCCUAGUGACCGGCCACAGGCUCCGAUUGCCUGUCCCGUACCUCCUCUGUCAAGAGUUAAUUCUAGUUGAGACCAGGUUAAUCAUUAUAAUGAAUCUUUACUAUACAUUUCCAGCAUUUUAUUUUUAAAUGCCACUGUGCCUUUGACUAAAUUGUAAAUAUAAUAUUUGAUCCGAUGUAUUUUAACCCCAGGGUUGUUGCCCUCUGAUACUGAGAUCUUUAGGCAUGGUUCUUCCAUGAAGGUAGGCUUAGGGUGAGGCAAGAAAGAGACUGCUUUGGGCGCUGUUCCCGAUUUCUUGGCCUUUGAGCAGCCCCGGGGAGGCAGAUGCCCAGUUUUUAAUUCAGGUCAACGCCUAGGCCUCAAGGGUUGUUUGGUGAGGGUCGGUUUGAGAGACGGUGUUCUGUUCUCAAGGGGGGGAUGCCGUGUAGCCUGGGCUGCUCUAGAAUUCACUGUGUACGGAGACUAGCCUCAGAUGUCUGAUCUUCCGGCCCCCACCUCCCAAGUGCUGGGCUUUCAUCUGUGUUUGAUGCCUUCUGGCUGAAGCACAGUUGUUUACAGAAAGCCUCUGAGCGUUGCUCCUUAAGAUUUAACAUGCCUUUUACAAUUUCCACUCCCCUCUAGCCUUAAAAAUAUGAUCUUUGUGGGUGGGGAGAUAUAGCUCAGUGGGGUCACGUGAGGAUCUGCAUUUGGAUUCUUAGCACCCAUGCUGAAGCCUGCAGUAGUGGCAAUGUGUCUGGGUAGGGGGUCGGCUGGGGGAGGGCAGAGCCAGGCAGAUCUCAAGGGCUCACUGGAAACUCCAGGUUCAGUGAGGGACUGUCUUAAUAAAAUGAAAAGCUACCAUAGAUUCUGCCCUUCAUGUGGUUCCAAAGAUGUGAGCACACCCCACACACAUGUGUGUAUACACACACACACACACACACACACACACACACACACACACACACACACUGCUCUUUAGGGCCAUUUCCUGGAGACAUGAAAUAAAGAGUCACUUUUCAGCCUGGAGAGAUGGUCCAGUGGUUAAGAGCACUCACUGGCUGUUCUUCCAGAGAACCUGCAUUCAAUUCCCAGCACACACAUGGUGGCUCACCACUGUCUGUACCUCCCGUUCAAGGGAAUCUGACUGUCACACAGACAUACACCCAGACAAAGUAUCAAUACACAUUAAGUUAAAUUAAAUACAUUUUAAAAAGUCAGUGUCGGUUGGGGAUUUGGCUCAGUGGUAGAGCACUUGCCUAGGAAGCAAGGCCCUGGGUUCGGUCCCCAGCUCCGAAAAAAAGAAAGAAAAAAAAAAGUCAGUGUCUACUUCAGUAGGGAAAAUUUGUCAGCCUCCCCUCUCAGGCUACCAGGCUUCCUGUCGGCCUCUCUCCAGACUCUCGCUACAGCAGCUCUGUGAGGUAGCGAAUGAUUUUAGGAGGGUCCUUUGGUUUCCUUCCAUUUGCUUGUUCACUGAUGUUCCUGGAAGGGAGUAGACAGAGUCCAGCGACUCCUCAGGAUGAGGGAGUCUUGGGCGGGGGCUGGGCAAGUGCUCAGUGGGUAGGGCACCCCCAACCCACACUUCAGCAAUGAGUAAAAAUUGUGGCGAGCUACAAGAUGACAUUUGCUUUUUACUGCUACUUCCUGAUUUGGGGGAGCUUUGUUGCUGCUCUUUGGAGACAGGAUCUCACUGCUUCAGACUUUUCAUCUCCCUGCCUCGGCUUUUCAAAUUUCCAAAUACUGGAAUUAGAGGUAUGCCUGGUAGAUCGAUCGAUCGGUCUGUCUGUCUGUCAGUCUGUCUGCCUGCCUGUCUGUCUAUCUAUCUACACAAACACACACACAGAGCCCCUUUUUCACUAAUAGAGGGAAUUCCAUUGCUGGUCACCUCAUUCUAGAGUUAACAUGUUGUUCAUGUUUCUUCUUCCUGGUUGGUCCUAAUAAAAUCUCAUCAAAUCUUAACGUCUCUGCUAGGCAAACCGUAGACCAGUGAAGUGGAUAGGGUGGGGAUAGUGGUGGUUACCAAUGAAGAAUCCGUGUAUGUUCUUAUCACCCUGAAGGUGUGGGACAUCGGUUAUACUGGAGCACUUUAAUCUGAAGGGCAAGACUGUAACUUGAUUUAUCUAACUAGCUGUUAACGAUCCACACGUAUUCUUAUCUAAUCUCUUCAACCGUACUAGGGACCACUGCAGAUUUCUGAGAUGAUUUGUAUUUUUUUUCCUAGUGUUGUGAAAUUCAUUAAUAUGCCUAUAAAGAAAACCAUGUCCACUUGACCUCGAGAAUAAUGCACAUGUACAUUUCUGUUCUGCAUCUUUUUUUUUUUUACUUGAUAUAAAUGCAUUUUUACUGUGAUAACCCAAGUGCACUGGGGGAGGUCUCUGCUGCUACUAGGACCUUUGGUAUGUAACCAGGUCAGCUCUAGAGAGGACAUCUAGGUGAAGUGAAUUCCCAUGCUCCAAAAUGCCACUUGGGAACUCUGGAGAGUGAAGGACAGUCUACUUCAGGGGCUUUGCUGGUUUCUGCCAGCGCUGGGAAACACCGCAUUUCUAACUUUGUUGUGCCUCAGAGAGUACAUAGAGGCCACGCCUACUUAAUAACUGUUCUCGACGAUUCGCUGGGGACUGAGGAAGGAUACCAAGGAAAGCUGAGCCUGCAUUGAGCCACUGGCAGAGGUUGGUGACAGGGAGAGGCCUGGAGCUACAGAGACUUGACUUUGGCUUGUGCUCGUAGCUUCCAUUCAUGCCAACAUGAGGUGCCCUGGAGGGGCCCGCGCUCUGGAGAAAGAAGAGAAGGAUCCCUUGCCUGGCUGCCUCCAAGAAAGCCCAGCCAGGGAUUUUGGUGGAGUAGAAGGGCAUUGGACUAAAUGCCAGCAAGCUCCAUCUGGAGGACGGCUUCCUAAAACGCAGCCAGCCUCUGGCCUAAUGGUUUCCUAUCAUCUUAUUCCUGGCUUUGGCACCCGGCCUGGCCCCCCUGUUGCAUUCCAGUAUAUUACCUUUACCGUGGCCACAGAAGGAAGGAGCAAUCCCUGCCCCGUGCCGUGCUCCGCUGCUGCCCGGGUGCAUGAUAGAUGAGCUGUGUCCUUCCGGCUUCUCAGUUCCCAGGGCAGCAAGGGAGAGGCUGCUCCAUGAGGCUUCCUGGCUACUGUGUUGAGGUUAGAGUUUUCGGUCCCUGGGUUCUUCUCCGGGACAGCCGCAUCCCUGCCUUUAGAAUUGGGGAUUAAAUGCAGUGUCUUGUGCGAGCUAAUCCCAUGCUACACUCUUAGCUGGAUCCCCGCCGGCCCCCAUGUUGUGGUUUUGUCUUUGUUUUUCUCAGACAUGUUCUCUUGUGUGGCCCAGGUUAAUCUUGAGCUGAUUUAAUGGCUACUAAUGACCUUGAACUCCUGAUCCUCCUGUCUCCACCUUGCAAGUGCUGGGAAUAGCAGAGUUUGCUACCGUUCACAGCUUUUAGUUUUUUUGAGGGUGGGGGUGGGUACUAAUCCAGGAUCCUUCAAGACUGAAUAUAAAGCAGUGGCCUUAGGUAAGGAACAUGAACCCACACCAACCCCACCCCUGGGUUCUUCUACCUACUUUGGUGGCUGCUAAAUUGACUUUUACCUUCCUCCAAAGGAAGGCUCACCUAGUGGAGGCUUUUUUUGUUUUGUUUUGUUUGGUGACAUUUGGUUGGUUGAGGUUUGGGGGUUUUUUGAGGGGUUUUGUUGGUGAUGGUUUGGUUUUUUGAGACAGAGUUUCUGUGUAUCACAGCCCUGACUGUUCUGGAACUCACUCUGUACCAGGCUGGCCUCAAUCUCAGAGGUCCACCUGCCUCUGCCUCCCAGAUUAAAGGUGUGUGCGGCCACUGCCUGGCUUCAGCUGGUGAUUUUUAAUUACAGAAUUACUAUUCUCUGCUGUGUUUCCUUUAGGAAUUUUGAAUUUGGGAUUAGGUGUAUAGUUAAUACUGUGUUUGCCUUCUAUGUGUAAGGCACUAGGUUUGAUCACACAGCCCCAGGACUGUAAACUGAGCAGUGUGAUGAUCCCACCUGGAAUCCCAGCCAGCAUUUAGGAGGUGGAAUCAAGUGACCACUGCAUCUUCAGCAACAUAGGGAGGUUUAAGUCAGACUGGGAUCCACAAGACCUUAUCACAAAACAAAACAAAAACCAACAACAAUAACAAAACCCUAAGAUUCCUAACAAUAAAUAAAAUUAUACCACCUUUCAA